CAUUGCCCGGACAGACCGCCGUGUGUGUGUUAGUGCGUCAGUGAAUAACUCGCGAACUCAGAUCGCCUUGGUGUUCAAUCCGCCAUGAGGACAUUGACAAUACUGCUGUUGGCGGCGGUGAGUGUCUCGGCGAAGAUAUUCGAAAAGUGUGAGUUGGCAUCACUGCUCGAAACCAAGCACCAGAUGCCGAGAGAAGAUGUGAAGAAGUGGACGUGCAUUGCCGAGUACGAGUCCACGUUCAACUCCGCGGCCAUCAACACCGCCAACUGGGACGGCAGUAAGGACUACGGCCUCUUUCAGCUGAACAACAAGUACUGGUGCGGCGACGAGUAUGGCAAGAAUGUGUGCGGAAUUCCGUGUUCGGCCCUUCAGGACGACGACUUAACAGACGACCUUGCAUGUGCCAGAAAGGUCAUUAAAGACACCGAACGAUGGAAGGGUAAAGGAGAAGGUCUGACCGCAUGGGUCGCCUACGUAAACAGAUGUCAGAACCGUAACUUAGACGAGUACAUAUCCGAAUGCUGGACAGGCGAUGAGACGGGAUCCAAUAUCAUCAACAGAAAGGACGAGUCCCCCAUCGAAUCAGCUGCCACAGAAAACGGGGAAGUCGUCGGCGUAGGUGCUGGGGGUGAUUCGCCAAUCAUCAACAACGUCAGAGUCCCCAUUCAGUAUCAAGUGUUGCCCAUUUUUCACUCUGUCCCCGGUGUUUAUCCAUCUCCUAUUGUAAUGAGGAACCCUAAUGGAUAUGUAUACCAGCAUGUUCUCCAGUAAGAGGUCAGAUAUGCUGACCGGAGUAGGCAUUUGCGAAUUGAGGUGGAUCAACAUAGUAUGAAUUAUAUGAAACGUGUAAUUCAUCGUGUCCACGUUGGUUAUGUAUUUGUUGUUAAUGAUGUUUGCGUUAUGUAUUUAUUAGCAUGGUAGACUACAAAGUCAAUAAAAAAUAUG